CUCCACCAUUCACGUCUGAUGGAUAUAAAAGAGCCCCUCUUUCUGUAAUAUAUUCUUUAAAAAAACCUUCCCUCCAAGCAAUCUCGUCAUUUGUUGAUCCCAUGCUCGAAACUCCAUUAUCCACUGAACCCGUAACUCAAACAUUGAGCGAAUGGGUCGCUGCUCUCGAUUGGGUGUCUAUUCCAGACAUCACCAAGGAACGUGCUCAAUACCUCAUCCUGGAUGGACUUACUUGCGCAUUAGUAGCAGCGCAUCUGCCUUGGUCAGAAACAGCGGUUGACGCUAUUUUGAGAAUGGAAUCCCCCUCAGGAACUUGCCCUCUAAUAGGGUGGAAAGACAAGCGAACUGGACCUUUACCUGCUGCCCUCAUCAACAGUGCGCUUAUUCAGGGCUUUGAACUUGACGAUUACCAUAGCAUAGCACCGCUCCAUAGCAACUCCAUCAUUCUCCCUGCACUAUUAUCUCUAGUGGCGCAUUUGCGAGCAUCGAAUGAUGGCCGAAAAGUCACUGGCAAGGAAUUCCUGGUAGCUGCCAUCGCUGGUUAUGAAGUUGGUCCACGUGUGGGAAUGGCCCUCGGCGGUGGCAAUAUACUGUCGCGUGGCUGGCACAGCGGUACCGUUUUUGGUCAUGCUGCUUCCGCAGCUGCAAGCUCCAGGUUGCUCAACCUGGACUCGGAUCAGAUCGAAGACGCUUUUGGUAUUGCCUGCACACAAGCUUGUGGACUGAUGUCAGCCCAGUUUGAAUCAUCCGUCAAGCGAAUGCAACAUGGCUUUGCCUCUCGAAACGGCCUAUUUUCCGCUCUGAUGGCUGAAGCAAGAUAUAAGGGAAUUAGCAAAGUUUUCGAGAGACCUUAUGGAGGCUUCCUAUCCGUCUUCGCAAAUGGUGGUGAUCCACCCGCUCCUAGUGAAGUUAUCAAGGACCUUUCUGUUAAAUGGCAGACUAUGAAUAUCAACGUCAAGCCUUAUGCUUGUAUGGGUGGAAUUCAUGCCACCAUUGACUGCCUUAAGGAGCUUCAAUCCAAGAACGAUAUCCAGGUUGCUAAUAUCCGCAGUAUUCAAAUUGAAAUGAGUGAACCCGCUUUCAAGCAUGGUGGCUGGAAGGCAGAAAAGCCCAUCGCAGUCAUUGGAGCUCAGAUGAAUGCAGCCUACAUUGCCGCCGCUCAUAUCAUUGACGGCGACAUCACCAUGCAUACUUUUUCAAGCAGUAUGCUCAACCGAGAAGAACUGUGGCGUUUGGAACCCAAAAUUGAAGUCAUGCAUCAAUCUGAAUUUGAUCAACUCCCAAACCACGCCGACAAGAUGUGCACCCGCACUACCAUUGUGCUGAUGAAUGGAGAACAGCUAACAACUACUGUCGUUCGCCCUACAGGAGUGAAGAGGCCACUUACAAGUGAUGAAAUUAUUACGAAAUUCCAUUCUUUGACAAGUGAACUCGUCCCAGAAAAUCGACAACAAGAUAUCAUUCAGUUUGUUAAAAACUUGGAAAAUUGUAACGAUAUGUCUGAGAUUUUCGAUUUGCUUAAUUUCGAUGUUCCAAGUCCUAUUGCUUAAUAAAUGUAACAUGUUUUAUUACUUUGAUUAAA